CAGAUAGCAUCUAGUAGUAUGAGAGGGCGCUGCUAUAAGGAUUUGAAGAACGUGAAGAUGGUACUUUGAUUUUAAAUUUAGGAUUUAAAUCACUAAAUGUGAGGUGCAGAGAUUGUUCAUUCUUAGGCUUAUGUGCAGAUUCUACUGGAAUUGGCAAAUAUGACAAGUAUUAUGAAAAGUAUGAGAACAGCUCUGAAAUGCAUUAAAAAUGACAAGAUUGUAGCAUCUGAUACUGUUGGAUCUUUUUUACCUCUGAUAUCUACAAGUUUUCAUACAAGUGCUGUCUGCAGCAAGGCCCAGGCAGGAAGAUACAAAGUUACAAAGAAACGAGAUCGUCCUUUAACUUAUGAGCAGGCCAACAAACCACAUGACAUUGGACAUCGUAAAUCCUGGAACUCGUGGAACACUAGUAAUCUUUUAGAUGGAUUAAGGCCAUCAGAAACAGCUAUCGAAGACAUGUUUAUUCGUAAGUUCAUGAGUGGAACCUGGCACAAACUCUUUUUGUCUGAAGUGAUAAUUAAACGAAGACACAAUAUGAUCUUCAUCGGAGGAAUCGUACAUCAAGCUAUUCAUGCUCGGAAGAUGUACUUCCUGCUGGGUUAUACUGAAGAAAUUCUAAGUUACAUUUUAAAGUGUCCAGUAAAGCUUGAACUCCAAACAGUAUCUGACAGAAAAGACGUAGUAUUCAAAUAUAUCUGAGCAGCUUGUUCGAGAUCGUCUGUGUGCACUGUACAUUUUAUAGAUGCAAAGUUUGUAUCGGUAGUGAGGAUACUAUAGCUAGAACUGGUCAUUUAUUUCAAGAAUUACAAAAGUAAAAAGACUUAAUUAGCAAA